GUUUGUGGGAGGGUUUUGGAGGUGAGGGGUUUGGAGAUGGGUUUGCGGAUGUAGGGGUUUGGUCUUGGGGGGGUGGUGGUUGAGGAGGCUUGUCGGGUGGUGGUUGAUGGGGGGAGGAGGCGGGAGGUGGUUGAUGGGCGGGUGAGGGAUUGGACGCCUUUUCGGUAGGCUUGGAGGGCGGUGGUGCGCAUUGUGGGUGGUCGCAUAGGCGAUGCGCGGGGAGGGAGGAGGAGGAGAGGUGAUUGUUUUGGUGGUGAUGGUGGUGGUGUUGACACGAUGAUGGUAGAGUGGAAAUUUUGGCUGGCAGGUUUGCGCAGAAGCUUGGGCCUUUGAGCGAGCGCUGAGCAAACGGUUGCAGGGGGUGUUGGACAGGGCAAUUCAGCCUUCCAGUCUUUUCUCAGUGGCCACAGCAGUUAUUCUUCAUGAAUCGGGCCAAAAUAAAUCAUGAGAGAGAGGUUAAUAUCAUGAUACAUAAUGUCAAGGUUGCGUCCAGGUGAAAUGGCCAUGUCUUGUCGUUAUCAGACAUCUUUGCUAUCAGUCCGCUUAUCGUUGCCCUGCAUCUUCCAACACUGCUUGAACAUCUCCAUCUGUGUCUUGUAAGUCUCGAGAUCACUCAAUAUUACUGAUUGAUAACAUACCUCUUCCUUGCAUUGCCUCCAGUCCUUCUUUUCGUAGUAACAGUCGGUCAACUUUUCAUUUUCCUCUGUGUUCAAGCACAUCAGCGGCGGGUCAUCCUCAACCAGGUCCGUCCAGCAAUCACCGGGAUAACGACAUCAAACCCCAAAUCACACUCUCUCCAAAAAGACCAAAACGUACCUGCGCAGCCGGUGCUGAAAAUACGCUUGUCCCUGCAUGGUUGCCGCAGUCAGUCAUCAGUAUCAACCGCUUCUCAACUUUGAGAGACUCACCACUCGUCAGGCUCAUCAUCCUCCUGCUCCGCCGCCGCCGCCGCCGGCGGUGUCGGCUGCUCAACCGUCGGUCUCUUGUCGUCGUCCUUGGAAGGUGCUGAGCCCAUUGUAUCUUUUCGGAUCGGCCGAGCCUGUGUUGCACCAACAAAAAUAUUUUGUUUUUUUUUGUUUAUUUUUCAGACUAUUUGACAGAGUAAAAAGGCUUGGACACAUAUCCGCCACUACCUUUAUCGUUAUUUUUUGCUCCAGUCCCGAGCUGCCGCCGAGUCACACCCCUGCAGCAGCAGCAACAACACACUCACAACAGCUGAAAUGACUUCACGAAAGCUCAACAAGCUCAAUGUCUUGGUCUACACAGGCACGGGCUCAACCCUCGAGUCAGUCCGCCACUGCAUCUACUCCCUCCGCCGGCUGCUCUCCCCCAACUACGCCGUGAUCCCCAUCACAGAAACUGCCAUUCUCAAAGAGCCAUGGGCACCUACCUGCGUUCUGCUUGUUUUCCCUGGCGGUGCUGAUCUAGGGUACUGCCGUGUUCUCAACGGCCCUGGAAACCGCAAUAUCGCUCAGUAUGUCCGUCGCGGGGGGGCGUAUUUGGGCUUUUGUGCAGGUGGUUACUAUGGAAGUCAGAGGUGUGAGUUUGAGGUUGAAAAUGCGUCAAUGGAGGUUGUGGGGAGCAGGGAGUUGGGUUUUUACCCUGGGAUUUGUAGGGGUGGUGCGUUCAAGGGGUUUGAGUAUCAUAGUGAGCGUGGGGCAAGAGCUGCUGAUGUGAGGGUGAGGAAGGAGGGAUUUGAUGGGGAUCGGGAGCUUCCGGAGGUGUUUAAAUGCUACUAUAAUGGUGGUGGUGUUUUUGUUGAUGCUGAGAAGCUUGCGGGUGAGGGGGCCGAGGUUGAUAUUUUGGCUGAGUAUGAGGGGGAUUUGGAUGUGGAAUCGGGGGAGGUAAAGGCUGCGAUGGUGUACUGCAAGGUUGGGGAGGGAGCGGCGAUUUUGACUGGGCCUCAUCCUGAGUUCGACGCCGUCAAUCUCGGCAGACACUCCGACCUGCCCGAGUAUGAGAAGCUCAUUGAGGAGCUCGCUGCAGACGAACCAUCUAGGACAACGUUCCUCAAGGCCUGUCUAACCAAACUAGGACUGGAAGUAAGCAGAGGGACAGCCAUUCCCAGUCUUUCCAAACUUCACGUGUCCUCCAUCCAUCACAACGAAGUAGGGGAGCUCCUCCAUUCGCUUGACGACAUCAUCACAAAAGAAGACGGCGAGGAGUACAUCAAAGGCGAGAACGACCUCUUCCACCUCGAAAAGCCAGAAUCCCGCUGGGACCUGACAUCCCUCAGCCGAGCCCUCCAGAGUGAGCUGGAAAGACCAAGAAUAAGCCCCAGCCGGGGCUCCCCAGACCCAACAACAAACUACAGCCACAUCCCCAAGCGCAUCGUAUCUCAUGAAACAGCCUGGCCGGAACCCAAGGAGACGCCUUACUUCAACCACGCGGUUUACUACUCUAGUCUUCGCCAAUCCCGCGAGCAAAACCCCGGGGCGGAGGAAUGGGGCGAUGUGCUCAUGUACGGCGAGGUAGUGACAAGCACAAACACCCUCCUCGAGAAAAACCACAAGCUCCUCUCCCACCUCUCCACGGGUUUCACCCUCGCAGCAACAACCCAAGUCGCUGGCCGAGGGCGCGGGUCAAAUGUUUGGGUUGCCCCUCCGGGGUCGUUGAUUAUGUCGACAGUCAUCAACCACCCUGCUCACCUCGCCAGUACCAGACCAAUAGUCUUUAUCCAAUACCUCGCCGCCAUCGCCAUCGUGGAAGCGAUCAAAACGUACGACGUGGGCUACGAGGAUUUUCCUGUCAAAGUGAAAUGGCCCAAUGACGUCUAUGUACGCGAUCCUAACAACCCUGACUCUGUCACGUAUGUCAAAGUUGCUGGGAUUUUGGCAAAUUGCAGUUACACGGGAGGGAACUACCAGGUUGUUCUGGGGAUAGGAAUUAACACGAAUAAUGCGAGACCAACUACCUCGCUUGAUGCGGUUAUCCCGCUCAUGUCGAACAAAGACAGCCUUCAACCGUUCAAAAUAGAGAGGUUGCUCGCCAGACUGUUGGCAAGGUUGGAGGUGUUGUAUGGGGAGUUUGUGAAAGGGGGUUUUAGCAAGGAGCUGGAGGAGAAGUAUUACCGGUAUUGGCUGCAUAGCAACCAGGUUGUGACUCUGGAGGCGGAAGGGGGUGUGAGGGCGAGGGUGGUGGGCAUCACGAGGGAUUGGGGGAUGUUGAAGGCGGAGGAGGUGACGGAGGGGGGGAUCAACGGGGCGUUGAGGGGGACGGGGAGGGUUUGGGCACUGCAGAGUGAUGAGAACAGUUUUGACUUUUGGAGGGGGUUGGUGAAGAGGAAGAUUUGA